AUGCUGAGCGAGAGCGACUACGUGAAGGCCCUGGCGGAGCAGCAGGACAAGAUGGACCAGAUGGCGGCCCAGAUCGACCUGCUGACGGGCAAGGCCAUGGAGUUUCAGAUGGCCGAGGACGCGUGCGCUUCGCUGGAGAUGGCCCUGAGCAACAUGGAGGAAAGGAUGGGCCACACCACCAAGCAACUCACCGCGGAGUUCAGGAGACUGCAGCAGAUCGAGUCGGAGACCCGCUUCAAGAGCACGCACUUCCCGACGCGGGACACUCGCGAGGAAUGGGUGCAGGCAGCGCAGAACUACAAGAAGGCGGCCGAGCAGAUCCUGGCCUUCUACCAGGACACCCUGAGGUGGCUGGCUUCCGAAGCUCCUGGUCUCGAGGACUUUGUCGUGAUGAAGAGUUCCCGGGGCCUUGUGCGGCGAGACCGGCGCGACUUCACCGACCUCGGAGAAGAGUAUUCCCCGGGGAUCUUCCACGUGGUGAACGAGCCCGAGCUUUACCUGCACGGCACGGUCGAUGACGGCAUGGAGGUUGACCUCAGCGGCUACCACCGGGACUUGUGCAACUGG